GAGUGACGCAUGUCAUGCGAUGCCAGUCUAUCGGGCCACUCCCCCCACCCCCCUGUAGGCGGCCUUGGACAGUUGCUAGGCAACAGAACACAACUGUACACUGACGUGUUCAGAUAACAGAUAUCACAACCAUGCCUAAGAAAGGUAAGAAGAAGUCGGGUAAGCUGAGCCGCAUGAAUGAAGAAGAGCGGCUGAUUUACAUGCAGCAGAAGAUGCUAGCAGAGGAGGAGCAAAACAAGAAGAAAGAGGACAUGUUAAUGCAAUUUCUAAAGGAUAAGCUUUCUAAAGAGGAGAGUUGCAGCAUUAUUAACUUGAACAAGCUGAACGUGCAGUGGCGCUCUGUCCUAAGAGAGGUAAAGGCCAAGGAGCUGCAAAAGGAUAUUGAAGUACUCAGUCAGACCUUUGAACGCGUUGUGGAUUGCAAGGACAGUGUCAUCAAGUCUUUAGCGAAGGAUGUGGAAGAGUCAGAAGAGCAGUACACUCAUGCACUGCGCAGCCAUCUACAGAACAUCGACCAACUGCUGGAGCUGCAGCGAGAGCGCAUUGCCCUCCUGAAAGAGGAAUAUCAGCAAGAGCUGGAUGCUGUGCAGAAAGAAUUUGAGACAGAGAGGAAGAUGAUAAUUGAGCACAUGGAAACAGAAGCUUCAUAUCUUCAGAAUGUUGUUCUGGCCAUGGAACAAAAUAUCACAGAGGCUGAGAGUGAAUCUAAAAUGGAGUUUCAGAAUAUGAGAGAUGAAAUAAAAAAUAAGAAUUUGGAAGAGAAGCACGCACUUCGUCUUUUGCUGGAGGGGUCAGUGGAGGAUUUGUGGAAGCAAUUUCAACUCGCAUUGAAAAACUACACUGACUCUACGGAUGAUCGUAGGAUUGCCUACGAAGCACUGAAAGCUAAAGAUGAGAAAAGUGCACUUGAAAUUGAGAUGCAGAUGAAAAAGCUGCAGAAAAUUCAGGAUUCAAUAGCAUCCGUAAAAAAUAAGAUUUCAGUGCAUGCCCGUGAAAGCGAGGAGCAAAACCGCCGUUUGCGGGAGAAAAAAGAAGUUAUGCUCAAGCAAUUCCAGAAGCUGAAAAGUCAGAUGAACCAAGCAAGGUCUUCAGAGCACAGUCGCCUUGCCACUCUGACAGUGCAGAGCAAUGCAACUCUGAAAGAGCUGCAGCGUAUUAUAAACAAGGGUGAAGCCAUUCUUCGAGUGGCAGAAAUGUGUCGCAAACUAGAAACCGAGGAAGAGAAAGUCCUGCCAUUCUACCCAUCUUCCCUUAGUGCUGAAGAGAUGGAAGCGGUGGAGAAAGUUAGCAUGGCGAAGCCUUCCGAGCAGUUGGCGCUGCUAAUGCAAGACUAUAUUGCGCUCGACCAGUUUUGGAAACGCUACAAUAAGGUUUUGCUUGAACAAUGUGCACUGGAACGUGAAAAAACUCUACUGACCCAGGAUAACCAGAAUCUGCGUAUCAUGCUAAAACAGUAUUUGGAUGGCAUCUCUGUGAGUGAAGAGGUCUUAAGUCAAGAGAACCCACUACUUAUUCUCAACAACCGCAUUAGCCUGCAGCACAAGAUUCCUCCACAGAUUCCUGUAACAGAAACAAGAGUUCGACGCCCAGUACAUAACGUUAUUGAAGCAGCUCAUGUAGUCAGCCAUACACUAUGAGCUGUCAUUUGUUUUAAUCAGCUUGAUGUAUUUAACAUGUUACUUCUCUAUGUCUCUUCUGUCUACAGGAGGAGUUAUGUGUCUUGGGCUUUAGAUAAAUACAUACUCUGUUUGCAGUAACAUUGAGACCAUGCUAUUGUGCACUAUAGGUUCUAAAUAAAGUUUUAUUUGUGCUGUCAUAGCCGGGGGGAGGUUGAGCUCAAUUCAAUUAAAAUCAACAUUUAGAUCUUUACAAAGUUAUUUCAUUGUUAAAAAAAUAUGCCCUUUUAGCAGUUGUAACAACUGGCUUAUUCCACUAUAACUCCCAGGAUUAUUAUAUACAGUUGUAAUUAAAAUUAUUCAAUCCCCAUUGAAAAUUAGGUUUAUUGUCAAACUUUACAGACCAGACUUUCAACUGAAAUAGCUUAACGCAAUGAAUGCUUUAAGUGGUUUCCCCAAAUUCAAUUUAAAAUGCAACUUAUAAUGACUCCUCCAGUCUCAAAAUUAUUCUUAGUUCUCAGUAGAGAACCCUUUUGCUGUUAUGACCUGCUGUAAAUGGGAUGCAUAGCCAGACACCAGCUUCUGGUAGCGUUCCUGGGAAUCUUAGCCCAUUUUCAAGUCAGGUGAGUGUGAUACUUACUGUAGACUUUUCCAAGACUUCUUCUGCAACCAAGCCUUGAUGGAAUAUGAUGUAUGCUUGGGAUCAUUGUCUUGUUGGAAUGCCCAAUGACGCCCAAGCUUUGUAGUCAGAGUGUUCUUUUUAGCUUAUGCUUCAUUCUUCUACAUCCAAACCGCUGAUUCAUUGGGCCGAAAAGUUCCAGUUUUGUAUCGUGGCUCCACAGAACAGAAUCCCAAAACCUCUGUGGCUUAUUGGUAUGAUUUUGUGCAUAUUGGAGCUGACUUUUCUUGUGCUUUUUGGUCAGUAGUGGUGUACGUCUUGGAGUUCUGGCAUGGAAACUUUCUGCAUUUAGUACGCGCCUUACUGUGCUCACUGAAACCUCAGUACCUUUUGCCACCAAGUCUUGCUGCAAGUCUUUUGCAGUUACACAAUGGUUUUCCACAACCUGCUUUCUCAGAAAUCUGAUUGGAGCCAUUGAUAGCUUCCUUUUUCGGCCCCGUCCAGGUAGUGUAACAACUGUUCCUCCAACUUUGAACUUGCAAACUAUGCUUCCAAUGGGGUCUAUAGGAACAUUCAAUGCGUGCACUAUCUUUUUGUAUCCUGUUCCUUGUUUGUGAAGGGCAAUGAUCACUUCUCUUAACUUUGUGGACAAUUCUUUAGACUUAUUUGCCAUAUUUCUAACAUUCAGUCCAAUAUGACACUCAACAACCCCCUAGCCAUGACAGGCAUUUCAAAUGUUCCAGCUCAAGCACACCUGGUGCAAUUGACUAUGCCCUUGAUUAACUGCAUCAGGUGUGCUUGAGACAACACCUGUUUUGCAUAUUUGUGAUGUAGUGAGAGAUUCUAUUCAGGGGAUUGAAUAAUUUUGAGAUUGGAGAAGACAUUAAAAAACAAAAAAAAACUGUUUCGUACAUAUACUCCAAAUAAA